UUGCUAAGUGCUUCAGCCGUCUUCACGAUUCCAAACAUACCAAGUUCCAGCUUGAUCAUCCUGGUUACCAUUCUCUCCUCUCUUGGUGUUCCAGUCAACUAUGUUGGCCUCCUUUUUGCCGUCGAUUGGUUCUUAGAUCGGUGCCGAACAACAAACAUCGCCCUUCUACAUCUCUACACUGUUGCCUUUGCACAUUUCACAUGCAAAGGCAAGUUGAAUGCGGUGAAUUCGGAUGAAGUAUUGUCUUCAGAUUUGAAGGGAGUGGGCGACGUUGGGGAAGAAGUUGGUGCAUCGGUUCCCUUGAAAAAAGUUAACUCAUCGGAGCAAAUGGUUUGA